GGAUAUUUGGAUGCAUUAGUGAUCGGACUAUUAGUCCCAAAUGAUAAACUAGCGAGUAGUGACCCAUGACAGGCCCAAUAGUAGAUCCAUUAUCCAUCCUCCUGGGAUCCUGGAUCCAACCAAGUCCGAACCCGAACACAGAGAGGUUGAACGUUGAAGAUAGAAGAGGGGUUUUUACUUUUUACGAUUUGCUGUGAAUCGAUUAUCGAAGUAGAAUGAGCGGCUCUGGAACUGCAGAUUUCUUCUACAGAGAAGCUCAGCGACUUGGUUAUGUUGCUCGCUCGGCCUUCAAGCUACUCCAGAUUCAGAAACAGUACAAAUUGAUAACACCUGGUUCCUCUGUUGUUGACCUAGGUUGUGCUCCUGGUGCUUGGCUUCAGGUAGCUUGUCAAAGCCUUGGUCCAUUGAAGAACGGUGGUGUUGUUGUUGGCAUUGAUCUUAAGAAGGUGAAGGUUCCUUCUACUCAUUGCGAUUCAAGGGUUUCAACUGUUUGUGCAGAUGUCAUGAACCUUCACAAACAUCAACUUCUAAACCUCUCCCCUCAGAAGAAAGGAUUUUCAGUUGUAUUAUCAGAUAUGUGUCCACUUGUGUCUGGAAUCACAACAAGAGAUGCAGCUUUAUCAAUGGAAUUAGGUAUGCGGGCACUUGAUUUGGCACUUGGAAAAACAGAAAAGCAGCCUAACCAAGAGGAGGAAGAAGAAGAUGAUGUUGGUGUACUGAAAGCUGGAGGGCACCUUAUUGUCAAGCUUCUAGAGAGCGAGGAUACAAAAGAGUUGAGCAAGAUCUGCAAGCCUUUAUUUAGGAAGUCGUCAUGGUUGAGGCCUAAAGCUACAAGAUCAAACUCUAGGGAGAUUUAUUUAAUUUGUCAGGAUCUGCAACAUUAAUUACAGAAUUUUCAAGAAAAUGAUAUUCUAGCUUAUGCUUGCAUCACAAUUUAUUUUCAUUAUUAAAUAUCAUUUUAUAGGUCUUUAAUCGUAGUUUUACUCUUUUAUCAACCCUUGUAUUACCCAUCCCUUAUAAAGCUAAUCG